CUCGAUUGAAAUGUCUGUCCUCCUGCAUUUGAUAUUGCUUUCUUGGACACUAUCUCUUCAAACAGCUCUUGUAUAGCAAUGGUGUGGUCUCAAUUGACUCUACAAGCAACCAACUGAAUGACGCCACGUUGGACUCUCUUCGAAGAAGAAUCCAUUGUCGUGGGACCGGCCAGCCUUCCUCGAUCUGGGAUGUAUGGCAUUCUUAGGAGGACAUCCUGAGUCUAGCACAUUGUCCCAAAACUCAAUUUGGACAAUGUGGCCUGCAAAAAAGUCUCCAAUGGCGCCACAGUCGCCUGGGUCGAAGCUUAUCACGACUCCUGUCCCGGCUGCAUCCAGUUCUUCCAAAACAGAUGCCCAGGCAAGUCUACCGGCUUUGGCUCCAACUCGGCCACCAUACAUCCCCCAGUUCACUGCCGCAACCCGGAUGAUACUAGAACGCAUGAAGGGUGAGCCUAGCAGCCUUGGUUCUGGUAGCAGUGUCGGUUCUGCUUUGUCAUCCUUGUCCAUGGACCAGACUCCAGAGAUCAAGCCUCCGACUUAUGAGGAUGUGAAGAGACGAUUGGUAAUGGGAAUGAGUACAACCACUUCUAUGACCAUGGAAAUGCCAGCCCCAACCCCACCGCCUAACCCACACUCUGCUGCUGCUGCGGCAACACCUUCGUCCGCACCGUCUCUCAGAACCCCGAAGGGAGCUGGCAUGAGCGCUAUUAGAAGGGUCUCUAGUGGACUGUCAGCAAGUAGAAAGAGCACCAGCGCAAAAUCAGUGCUGGCGAAGACUGCAAUCCCAGGCGGAAAGCCCAAGUCUCCAAAGACCGCCACAGGGCCGAAAGCGGGAACGAAACGCAAGCAGGGACCAAGCAGGAUGGAAGACGGCGGUGACACGAGCAGCCUCUCCAGUCCUCCCGACAUGUCAGGCGAGGAAGAGGCCCUCAGGAAGAAGGGCCCGACGCCGCCACCGAUCUUGACUAUGACCAAGUCCGGCCGUCAGGUCCAGAAGCCCUUGACGUACAACCCCGCCGCAGCGGCAGAGGCGUCGGGGACCCGGAAACGCGCACAACCUCACCACCAAGCCAGCAAGACACGUACGGCGGAGCAGACGUUGUGCAAGAGGUGCACCCGCAUGCACAGCCCGGCGAGCAACCAGAUGGUCUUCUGCGACGGCUGCAAUGAUGGCUGGCAUCAGAUGUGCCACGAUCCAUGGAUUGACGACGAAGUUAUUCGCGAUGUCAGCCGUGCCUGGUUCUGCGCGUCCUGCCAGUCCAGGCGGGACCGGCAUUUCGCCAAGAAGCCGAGGACGGGGGCCGCCGCCGCGGGGGGCCGCGAGAGCUGGGCGGGCCGGACCCCGCAGCAGAAGAGGGCGUAUCUGUCGACUCUGUCGCAGCAGGAACUGGUCGGGCUGCUGAUGGACAGCCUAGAGGCGCACCCAGACCUGCCUGUCUUCCCGGCCUCGGAGGCGCCCUCGGAGGGUUCUCCGGAGGGACAGCCGGGCCGCGCGGGCAAGGCGUCCGUGAGCGGUGGCCGGUCGCCGCCGGGCAAGGGGAAGGCCGCGGCGACCGGGGGACACAGAGGCCAGAAGGGUGCUCCGCAGCCGAUGGAAGUAGACGAGUCGCAACAAAGCUACGACGAGGACAUGGACCCGCUGGCUCCACCUUGGCCGAAGCCAGGAAAGGGUCUAUACAGCCUACUGCCACCGGAGGAUGAGGAUGAAGAACACCUCGUCGAUGACGAUGACUACGCUGCGAUUAGCGUCAUGAUUUUCGACGAGAAUGGGAGGAAGAUUGAAGAGAACGGCAUAAAGUUGUGAACUGUUGUCUGGAGGUUGUGGAGGGCUGCGCCCGGGCAAAUGAAGCAGGAGGGGCUCGCCAUCUCAUCCUACCUAUUCGCCGAUUGUUGCUGCGAGAGGACAUCCAGAGGACAGCAUGGAGAGACUCUUUCUCAGUUGCUACUUGACACAAGAGUAUCAUCUGGAGGGCAUACCUGUUGCACAGGCACAUGAUCUAGGAGGAUAUUUCCAUGCAGGUAUGGAAGAGGGAGAGGGCAAUAACAUCGGCCACGAGAUACC